AUGGGCCUAAUCCUCACUGAAGGAUUCCGCACAAAUGCUGAGGUGCUGGCAGGUGUGGAACGGUUGGCAGUCCUUCUCCCGGACUCUGCAUUUUUGGAGACGCCCCAAGAUACUUUGCCUACUUUGCCAGGGAAAGGCAUCAGGGCCCUAGACAUUUCGCUGGACGACUUGACGACGGAAUUCAAGACCUCUUUGACCGCUGUCUACGUGACGGCCAGCGCCUACAAAACUGUCAGAGACAUUGUGUGGGCAAACAGAGGUAUCACUCUUGGGUCUGUCAAGACCCGGAGGGCGCCAAACGCUUUCAAUUUCCUGCGACAAAUCGAUAUUCUGGCCAAGGGGGGUUUUGAUGGCGGUUCCUUCACAGAGUGGGAGAACACCACCAGGAUCCAGAAGGCUUUUCAGAUUGGCUCCCGCGAGGCAGCAGCGGUCUCGAACUUGAAGGACAAGGUUCCGCCAACGGUGGUCGCCCAACUGCGUGAAGACAUCCGGCCGCGUGGCAUGAACAAAUGGAUCUCCCACGAGAUCCUGGCCAGAGACCUCUUCAAUCGCGGAUUCUCCAGUGGGGUGUGGUUGUUCCUGGAACGGCUCAAAGGCGACUGGGACCGACAGGUGAGCAAGACUUGCUGGACUGUCAAGGAGGCUUUGACUCUGCACGCAGUUACCGGAGCUUUCAUCUUCUUAAGGAACGCUCUUCAAGCGAAAGUCCCACACGCAGACUUUACUGCUUGCAUCGGCGACAUCAACGACCAGACCGUGGUGAGCGCUGUGGAGUCGCGGGCCCAGAAGGAAAUCGAUGAGAAGAAUGUGGAAAUGGCUGAGAAGGUGUCCCAAGCCAGGCUGGAACAAAUCAAGGUGCACUUCAAGCAGGACAUGGAGACCCUCAAACAGAGGAUGCCAACCGCUGAGUACUGUGAAAUGGGUCGCGCAGUGGUGCAAAGACUAUGUGAAGUGCCCCCGACUCGGCCAAAAGUUGUCUAUUUUGGAUUGCUGUUCGGCUCUGAAGGGAAAGAUUCAGAGCAAGCUCUACAAGAGAAGGUGUACAAGAGCUGGGACAGCGACCCUAACGGUCCACCCACCACACGGCGGCGAGACCCGGUUCCAGAGCCAACGCUCCAGAUCUUGGGAUGGAGCGAGCAACGUCCCUUCUUCCCCGAAAGCUUGCUCCAGAAGUUUCAGACCGGCACAGCUGCGCACAAGGAAGUCUUGGAAAUGAAGGCUGCGCUUGAGGCAUCCUUUCCGUCUGCAGUGGCAGUGACCCGAGAUGGUCGCUCAACUACGGUUGUUCCACGUGCAGUUGGCCGACCUGACUACACCAUUGAAGGUGGAACGACUCCCAUUGAUCCGGCUCAAGCUGUGGACUUGGAUUUGAUUCCGGCGGCCAGCUUCACUGAGCCCAGGCUUUUGUCUGUGGAUGGCUCUCGCACCAAGCCGGCCUUGUUCUUGACCACCACCUUCCAGCUGUACAUUGGCAACACGACCUCGGAAGAAGUCACAUUCUCUGCGUGCGAACUCUGUGGCUUCAACGUUGGGGCUUACGAGCAAAAGAUCGUCGCAGGUGUGGGGGAGCAUGAAGCCAACGGGUUGCCUUUCCGCCUGCCAAACGAUCUUGCUUUGGUUCUAACCAAAGAUCGGAAGGUCUUGGCUUUGUCAGAUUAUCUCCACCAGUGUGCGACUGUCCACGGGGUGGCUGAAGCAGCGGAUGGCGCAGAUCCGGUGGCAGUGCCAUAUCGCUACAAUGUCAGUGCCACUCCAAGUGGCAAGUGCAACGUUUUCCGGCCGACAGCUUUGGCAGACGGAGCAGCGCCCAGGAGCAUCUGGUGUUUAUUGUGUUGA